GCUGGACCAGGGCUGGAUCUUGAGGCAGCUGAAGCUGGUGCAGAGCUGCCCCUGGGCGCAUAACGCCAGCGCCCUGGACCAGUACAGGGAACAGCUGGGGGGCUGCUGUAACGCUUCAGCCAAGCUGGUGCUGACCUGGGACAACACCCCACUGGGCUCCCAGAUCGUCUAUGACGCACAGCGGGACAAGAAGCAUCCAGUGAAGGAGGAGCUGCUGGAGAUGCUGCCGCAGGUCUCCCCGUUUCAGGGCGCCCCCUACGAGUGCUGUGCCGUGGUGGGGAACGGGGGGAUCCUUCGUAACAGCAGCUGUGGCCCCGAGAUCGACCGCGCCCAGUUCAUCAUCAG